UUUUUGUAAUUGUCAAAUUCCCUCCAAAAAAAACACACAGUUGACUAGGAAAAAAGACAAAGAUCCGAUCUUUGGAACCUCAGUUUCGUCGCCAUGGAAGCUCUUUCUCAGGCGAUCAGCUCCGGCGUCUCCGUUCCUUACAAGAAGAGCUCUGCUCCAAUCCAGUCACAUGGACCCAUCAGCUCGUUAAUCCUCCGGAAAGCGAGAUCUCCGGCGAAUCCCUCACCGGUUUCUUCUCGUAGCUCGUUGAUCCGAGCUUCAUCGAUUCAGCAUAGCAAAAGCUCGGCAUCGAUCGAUCUCAGCGAUCCGAAUUGGAAAUCAAAGUACGAGAGAGACUUCGAGCAAAGAUUCAGCAUCCCUCACAUCACUGAUGUCUUUCCAGAUGCAGAAGCAAUUCGUUCUACGUUUUGUCUCAAGAUGAGGUCUCCGACGGAAGAUUUUGUUGGUGGUUACCCUUCUGAUGAAGAAUGGCAUGGAUACAUUAAUAACAACGAUAGAGUUCUUCUCAAGGUUAUUAGUUACUCUUCACCAACUUCUGCUGGAGCAGAGUGCAUUGAUCCUGACUGUUCUUGGGUUGAGCAAUGGAUUCACCGUGCUGGGCCGAGGGAGAAGAUAUACUUUAGACCGGAACAAGUGAAGGCUGCGAUUAUCACUUGUGGUGGUCUUUGUCCUGGUCUCAAUGAUGUCAUCAGACAUAUUGUGAUCACUCUUGAGAUAUAUGGUGUUAAGAACAUUGUUGGGAUUCCGUUUGGUUAUCGAGGCUUCUCUGAUAAAGAUCUUACCGAAAUGCCGUUAUCAAGGAAAGUUGUUCAAAAUAUUCAUCUAUCUGGAGGAAGUUUGCUUGGAGUUUCACGUGGAGGUCCGAGUGUGAGCGAAAUUGUUGACAGUAUGGAGGAGAGAGGAAUCAACAUGCUUUUCGUAUUGGGUGGAAACGGAACUCAUGCUGGCGCAAACGCCAUACACAAUGAGUGCCGCAAAAGAAAGUUGAAGGUAGCUGUAGUUGGUGUGCCAAAAACCAUUGACAAUGAUAUUUUGCAUAUGGAUAAAACUUUUGGGUUUGAUACUGCUGUUGAAGAAGCACAACGAGCUAUAAACUCUGCCUAUAUUGAGGCACAUAGUGCUUACCAUGGCAUGGGUAUUGUAAAACUGAUGGGUCGUAACAGUGGUUUCAUUGCGAUGCAAGCCUCUCUAGCAAGCGGACAAGUCGACAUCUGUUUGAUUCCUGAGGUUCCCUUUAAUCUUCAUGGGCCUAAUGGUGUACUGAAGCAUUUGAAGUACCUAAUCGAAACAAAAGGCUCUGCUGUGAUCUGUGUAGCAGAAGGAGCUGGACAGAAUCUACUCGAGAAAACUAAUGCCAAAGAUGCAUCUGGAAACACAAUUCUUGGGGAUUUUGGUGUGCACAUCCAACAAGAGACAAAAAAGUAUUUCAAAGAAGUAAGUAUCCCAAUAGAUGUGAAAUAUAUUGAUCCAACAUACAUGAUUCGAGCUGUUCGUGCAAAUGCCUCAGAUGGUAUCCUCUGCACCGUUCUUGGACAAAACGCUGUUCAUGGUGCGUUUGCUGGAUACAGUGGAAUCACUGUAGGCAUCAUCAACACUCACUACGCGUAUUUGCCAAUCACUGAAGUAAUUGAAUAUCCAAAAUCAGUUGAUCCCAAUAGUCGAAUGUGGCAUCGUUGCUUGACAUCAACAGGUCAACCUGAUUUCAUAUGAAAAUUCUCUUCUUUCAAUCUGAAACGUACCCAAUAAAAAAGCCUCGAAAUGUAAUAUGUACAGCCUUCUUGGUUCCUUAAUUGAUAUGAUGUAUCAAAAUCAUAUGAUUUAUUUAGUUUUAGUAAGAAAGAAUUUGAAUCAGUGAAUGUAAGUUAAAAGCAUUGGUUUCAUUCAAAACAUUUACCAAA